AUCUUAUCACGCGUUAAAAUUCAGUUGAUAACGAUAGCGGCAACAUAUAAAAACAUUAUUCCUUGCUCUCAAUUAUUCACUGACUGUCAUCGAAUAUAGACAUUGUUGAAAAGAAAAUGUCAAAGCGAGCGCAAAUUAAAUAUACCCAGCUUUUCAUCGAUAAUGAAUUUGUGGAUGCUGUGAGCGGCCGUAAAUUUCCCACAAUAAAUCCCGUUGAUGGCAAAGUCAUCGCAGAAAUUUCCGAAGGAGAUAAGGCCGAUGUGGAUAAAGCAGUAGAUGCUGCUAAACGAGCUUUUGACAGAAAUUCGAAAUGGCGUCAAAUCAAUCCAUAUUUCCGUGGGCAACUCAUACACAAGUUGGCAGAUCUCAUCAUGCGCGAUUUAGAUUAUAUCGCCACUCUUGAAACUCUUGAUAAUGGAAAAACGUAUGCCAAUGCUAUAGAUGAUAUACAAGCAAGUAUCGCUUUUCUUCGUUAUUAUGCAGGCUGGUGUGAUAAGAUACAUGGAAGCACUAUUCCAACAGGCAAUACUAACGUUACAUUGACGCGAAGAGAGCCAAUCGGCGUUGUAGGACAAAUCAUUCCUUGGAAUUAUCCUUUCAUGAUGUUAGCUUGGAAAUGGGGCCCUGCAUUGGCUACUGGAUGCACUUUAAUCUUAAAACCAGCAGAACAAACGCCUUUGACCGCACUUUAUGCAGCCGCUCUUGCUAAAGAAGCAGGAUUUCCAGCAGGUGUUAUAAAUGUCAUUCCAGGUUACGGUCCAACUGCUGGUGCAGCUAUUGCUGAGCAUCCAGAAAUUCGUAAAGUUGCUUUUACUGGAUCCACUGAGGUCGGACAUGCCAUAAUGGCAGCUGCUGCUAAAAGUAAUCUUAAACGUGUUAGUCUUGAACUAGGUGGUAAAAGUCCACUCGUUAUAUUUGAUGAUGCUGAUGUGAAAGAAGCUGCGGAAAUUGCAUAUAAUGCUAUAUUUUCCAAUCAUGGGCAAAAUUGUUGCGCCGGAUCACGAACAUUUGUGCACUCUAAGAUAUAUGACGAAUUUGUGAAGUAUGCUAAACAACUGGCUCUUGAUAGAAAAGUAGGGGAUCCAUUCGAUUCUAAAAUAGAUCAAGGCCCACAGAUCGAUCAAGACAUGUUUGACAAAAUUAUCGGCUUAAUCAAUUCGGGCAAACAGCAAGGUGCUAUUGUGGAAGCUGGUGGAAAUCGCGUUGGUAAUAUUGGUUACUUUGUACAGCCUACAGUUUUUUCGAACGUAACCGACGAUAUGCGAAUUGCCAAAGAGGAAAUUUUUGGCCCUGUUCAAACCAUCUUGAAAUUCGAUACUAUGGAUGAAGUAAUUGAACGUGCCAAUCGCACUAAUUAUGGUCUUGCCUCUGGUGUAAUCACUAAAGAUAUUAAUAAAGCUUUAAAAUUUGCCCAAGCUGUAGAAGCAGGUAGUGUUUGGGUAAAUUGUUACGAUGCUAUCACACCCCAAACACCAUUUGGCGGAUUCAAACAAUCUGGCAUAGGACGUGAAUUAGGAGAAGAAGGCUUGAAAGAAUAUCUCGAAAUUAAAACGAUUUCUAUCAAAGUUACAAAAAAUAAUUAAUAUCCGAGAUACAUACAAUAUGUCCCCAAAUUUUUAUUUUCUCUUUGUUAUAAUUGAUUUAUAAAUCAAACUUUUUCAACAGAUUGUCAAUAAAAUAUAAUGAAAUAUAUACAAAUAAUA